AUGAGCAAAGUCCUGGGACCUGGGGGUGGCCCCUCGGCUCCUGCUAGAAACGGACGUCCAGGUGCAGCAGACCGGCAGGAGCCCGAGGUCCAGGCCGCCUACCAGGUGCAGGGCCCGGCGAUCUGCUCCCUUCGCUCCCUGUGGCCACUGCCCCCAGGACAGCUGCCCGGGCUGCACCGGCCAGAGGAGAGCCUCACGCCCACCGAUGGGGAUGGGCCUGUGCCGCCGGCCUUGACCCUUUCACCCGGCCUUCUGGCCACCCUGACGUGGCUCCAGGACCUGGAAGGGAAGACGCUCUUCCUGAGUGCUGGUCGGCGCGGGGAGCGGGCGGCCGAGGAGCCGGGGGCGGCGGCGCUGCUGCGCGAGCCCGUGUACAACUGGCAGGCCACCAAGCCCACGCUGAAGGAGCGCUUCGCCUUCCUCUUCAACAACGAGGUGCUCUGCGACGUGCACUUCCUGGUGGGCAAGGGGCUCGGCGCGCAGCGCAUCCCGGCGCACAGGUUCGUGCUGGCCGUGGGCAGCGCCGUCUUCGACGCCAUGUUCAACGGCGGCAUGGCCACCACGUCCACCGAGAUCGAGCUGCCCGACGUGGAGCCCGCCGCCUUCCUGGCGCUGCUCAAGUUUCUGUACUCGGAUGAGGUUCAGAUCGGACCCGAGACGGUCAUGACCACGCUGUACACGGCCAAGAAGUACGCGGUGCCCGCGCUCGAGGCCCACUGCGUGGAGUUCCUCAAGAAAAACCUGCGGGCGGACAACGCGUUCAUGCUGCUGACGCAGGCGCGACUCUUCGACGAGCCGCAGCUGGCCAGCCUGUGCCUGGAGAACAUCGACAAGCACACGGCGGACGCCAUCACCGCCGAGGGCUUCACAGACAUCGACCUGGACACGCUGGUGGCCGUGCUGGAGCGGGACACCCUGGGCGUCCGGGAGGUGCGCCUGUUCAGCGCCGUGGUCCGCUGGUCCGAGGCCGAGUGCCAGCGGCGGCAGCUGCCCGUGACGCCCGAGAACAAGCGCGAGGUGCUGGGCAAGGCUCUGGCCCUCAUCCGCUUCCCGCUCAUGACCAUCGAGGAGUUUGCCGCAGGGCCCGCGCAGUCCGGCAUCCUCGUGGACCGCGAGGUGGUCAGCCUCUUCCUGCACUUCACCGUCAACCCCAAGCCGCGCGUGGACUUCAUCGACCGGCCGCGCUGCUGCCUCCGCGGGAAGGAGUGCAGCAUCAACCGCUUCCAGCAGGUGGAGAGCCGCUGGGGCUACAGCGGGACAAGCGACCGCAUCAGGUUCUCGGUCAACAAGCGCAUCUUCGUGGUUGGCUUUGGGCUCUACGGCUCCAUCCACGGGCCCACGGAUUACCAAGUGAACAUCCAGAUCAUCCACACGGACAGCAACACCGUCCUGGGCCAGAACGACACGGGCUUCAGCUGUGACGGCUCCGCCAGCACCUUCCGAGUCAUGUUCAAGGAGCCGGUGGAGGUGCUGCCCAACGUCAACUACACGGCCUGCGCCACGCUCAAGGGCCCGGACUCCCACUAUGGCACCAAGGGCCUGCGCAAGGUGACCCACGAGUCCCCCACGACGGGGGCCAAGACGUGCUUCACCUUCUGCUACGCGGCCGGGAACAACAACGGCACGUCCGUGGAGGACGGCCAGAUCCCCGAGGUCAUCUUCUACACCUAGGCCCCCAGGCCCCCGAAGCCACCUGAGGCCAGCAGGCCGCCCCCCGUCCCAGGCCGUGCCCCCCGCGGCCCCCACGCUGUGGGCACGCUCCCUGCCACGUUUCUGGGCGUCAGAAGAGGGUCACCCUGAGGGGAGCCUGGCUGCCUGCUCAGAGGAGCCGGGCAGGAGCCGGGAGGCCCUCCUGCGGGUGUCAGGAGGCAGGGCCGGCCUGCACCCGCCCUGAGCGGAGGGGCCGCCAGGUCCUGGGGCGUGGGAGUCCUGCACGCUGUCCCUGCAGCUCGGGGCGGCCUGACCAAUGUCCUUACCACGGGCUUCGGCCAGGACCCCGUCUCAUGUUUGUUCUGUCCCCCCGCACACGGCGAUGAAUUCUGGGUUCCCAUUCCUCGCGUGGGAGGCAUUCGGCGGGGGCGCCCCUAGUGCAUCGGCUUUGGGGUCUCGUGUUCUGGUCUGGUCACGGGAUGCUCAGGCC